CCCUAGAUUUCCUCACUCUCCUGGGUCUGUGCGGUCUCUUCGGACUCCACUUCCCGGCGGCGCCCGCGGCGGCGCGGGGCUUCGCGGGGGCACCCUCAGGCGGCGGCGGCGGCGGUGGCAGCCCGCGGCGGGGGUGGCCGACGCCUCCCUGGGCCAGCCGGGCCGCCGUCCCCACGAUGCCGCUGCUGGUUGACGGGCGGCGAGUGCAGCUGCCGCAGUCCGCCGGGGACCUCGUCCGAGCCCACCCGCUGCUGGAGGAAAGAGCCAGACUUCUCAGAGGUCAGUCUGUUCAACAAGUGGGACCCCAGGGCCUUCUGUAUGUUCAGCAAAGAGAGCUUGCAGUGACCUCCCCAAAGGAUGGCUCCAUCUCCAUUCUGGGUUCUGAUGAUGCCACCACUUGUCACAUUGUGGUCCUGAGGCACACAGGUAAUGGGGCUACCUGCUUGACACAUUGUGAUGGAACUGACACCAAAGCUGAGGUCCCCUUGAUCAUGAACUCCGUAAAGUCCUUUUCCGACCACGCUCAAUGUGGAAGGCUGGAAGUGCACCUCGUGGGCGGCUUCAGUGACGAUAGGCAGUUGUCACAAAAACUUACUCAUCAACUUCUUAGUGAAUUUGACAGACAAGACGACGACAUUCACUUAGUGACAUUGUGUGUGACAGAAUUAAAUGACCGGGAAGAAAAUGAAAACCACUUUCCAAUCAUUUAUGGCAUUGCUGUCAACGUUAAAACUGCAGAGAUCUACAGAGCCUCCUUCCAAGAUCGCGGUCCGGAGGAGGAGCUGCGUGCUGCACGAGCUUUAACGGGAGGACCAAUGGUUAGUAUUUACGAUGCAAAGACAGAACAACUUCGUAUAGGACCGUAUUCCUGGGUGCCAUUUCCACAUGUGGAUUUCUGGUUGCAGCAAGAUGAUAAGCAAAUACUAGAGAACCUUUCCACUUCACCUCUGGCUGAGCCCCCCCACUUUGUGGAACAUAUUAGAACCACCUUGAUGUUUUUAAAAAAAUACCCAUCUCCAACAAAUACACUAUUUCCUGGAAAUAAAGCUCUACUCUACAAAAAAAAUGAAGAUGGCUUAUGGGAAAAGGUCCCUUCUCCAAGAAGCUAAAAUAGGAAUUACCAAGGAAAGCAACUUUUUGGCAUGACAGAGACCAUUGGUGGGGGUUGGUCAGAAUAUGAAUUUGAAACCUACAUCCGUUGAGUCUUAGUGUCUUUCAAAUGACUUUCAAAAUAAAAUCUUAUUUUGGCAAAGGCA